UAUCCAAUCUUCUUCAUCAAAUUCCGCUUCAUUCUUCUUUGUUUCCUCCGUUUCUGGUAUGGCCAACUUUGGUGGUCCAACUGAGAACCCACGGCGUUUCUCACGGUCAGAGGCACGGCCUGGUGGUGGAGCUAUGACGCAAGGGAUGAUCUUGAGCGUUGGUUCUAUCGUCGGAGCUGCUGGCGAUGAUGGUACUACUUAUGAUUGUGAAUGCGAACGUGAGGAUGGUCUUGAAGCAUUGGUUGAGACACCACCAAAGCCAGCAGCACCAUCUCGUAGUUCCUCAAAAAGAAACAGAGCCGCCGAGGUUCAUAAUUUCUCUGAAAAGAGGAGAAGGAGCAAGAUUAAUGAGAAAAUGAAAGCAUUGCAAAAACUGGUUCCAAAUUCUAACAAGACAGAUAAGGCUUCGAUGCUUGAUGAAGUUAUUGAGUACUUGAAGAACCUUCAGCUUCAAGUUCGGAUGCUCUCAAUGAGAAAUGGAUUAAGCCUGCAUCCCAUGUACUUGCCUGGAGUUUUGCAACCACUCCAGUUUUCCCAAACAGGAAUAGAUUUCAGUGACGAAAACUGUUAUCGGCCCAUGAAUGCGUCAGGCCUGAUGCAGGCAAAUCAAGAAACCUCGCUGCCGAUAGUUUUUGAUAUGCCCCCGGAAUCCGUACUCAACCCGUCGAACAUAGUUUCUUCAAAUUCAUCAUCAGGAUUGGAAUCGAUCCAAGGCCAGUUCGAGCCAUUUCAGCUCUUUUCGUCAUCUCAGCCUCUCAGGUAAGACAUAUGAACAACAAUGCAUAAAAACUUUGGGGGGGGGGGGUUCUUACCAUUGCAGGACCACAAAAGCUUAGAAUCUUACAACAGCAAAGCAGCAAUUACUGUCAGGUUUCUGUCUCUUGUGUUUCUUACAACAAGGUCUUGACUCUAGAAAUA